AUGGCCCUCUUCUUGGCGGUGAAGCGGGAGUGUGAAAGUGUCUUGCGAAAACGGCCAAUACCUCCGCAUCAGGUUGCUUCCACUGCCCCUGCUGGGGCGCCAGUUGAAGUUCCUCCGGGCGUCAAGGGAGUGAGUCCUUUUUGCAAGGAACUGCCUGCUCUUUGUACGAGUUUUUUUGAUCCCAUGACCGGCGACCUUCAUGCCGGCUGCUGCGAAAAGUUGGGGGUGGAAAUGGAAAAGGAGAACCGCUACGGUGCGUACACGCCUGCUGACCCGCAGGCUCUCCUUAUCGCGUACCUUCCGCACGCGCCGUGGACGCUGCUUCGCAAUUUCCUCGUUUCUAAUCUUUUGCCACGCCGCGAAUUUGCUGCUGCGGGUCAAGUGGGGCAGCUGCGGUUCACGCUGGUGAUAGGAAACGAUCUUCGCGGGAGGGAACCUUUGACCAACGACUUCAUGGAUACUCUUAUUCCGUACUUGCGUUUUAACAGGCUGCGGAUGGAGCCCGAAGGAGGCAACCGGCAGUGCGUUGGCGAGGUGGAGGGGCCGGACGUCGCCAUCUCCGGCUGGCUGAGAGGGCUUAGUUGGAAUGACGUUGGGUAUGCUUUUUCUGAGAGCGCUGUCAUGCAACUAAAUACAGAGCGGGAGUCCGAGCUGUCAGAGGUGCUACCGCGGCUGCGUCUUCCAUCGCUUGUCCGGGGAGGCCCUGAGGUGCUGAAGUAA